AUGUCUUGGGGUGAGUUCAUUGAGCUCCGUGAGCUGAGGCUACAUGACCAUGACCGGAUAGAGCUGACAAGCUGCGAGGUGCCUCGCUCACCACCUCGCCUGGAGCGUGCCAAUGCUCUGCGGAUCAGCCCAGGGAAGGUCCCAGAGCUGCUCAGCCGGGUGGGCAUCAUCAGAAUGCUGGGGGACAGCCUGGACCCACAGCUCACAGAUAAGAGGGGAGAGGGACAUGACUUCCAGCCCUGCAGCCAUGCCCAGCCCACCUGGUGUGACCUGUGUGGAGACUUCAUCUGGGGACUGUACAAACAGAGCCUGCGCUGUGCCAGUGAGUCUACCUGCUAUACAGGAUUUACUUGUGUGUGAGUGCAUGAUUAUGAUUGCAUGUAUCAGUGGCGGUCGGUGCCGUUUAAGAUGAGGGAGGGCCAUUAUUUUUUUUUUAUGAGCAUGGCCUUAUUUCUUUUACAGCAUAUUGGAUGACUGUCAUUCAUAUUCCAUUCACCUAGCUCAAUGUAACAUCGAUAUGUUUAGGCUACUACAUGAUACUCAUAUUUUCCCUGUACCCAUCAUGAGGUUGCUACAACCUAGCCUAUGAAUGAACGUUUACAACAUGUAGCUGAUCUAGGGUGUAAUCAUUAGUCCAACAGUUGCAAAUGUGAGUUUCUAUUGGACAAAUUCAGGUAUGUUUAUCCCCGUUUCGUUCCGUUUACUUCCGUUUAAUAAAUGUUUUUCAACAGAAUUGGCAGAAUGAAUACACCCCUGAUCACAUGCCGAACACAGUUCACUUUCAUAGCAGCCACAUCCCUGUGCUUGUGGACUUCAGUGUACAACACAUCAGCUGUCUGUUUCCAGGCAAAACAUUUUUUCCAAACCUUCAUAUCAUGACCGCUAACUACUACACACAGCCUACGUCGUUGUCACGUCAUAGUCAACAUAGCUCCUAGAACUACCGCCUUAGUAAACCCGCUACAAUCAUGCAGUACAGUGUACAGUCAGAGAGCAGUUUAGCAGUUACAACGGCGGCCCCGGUGGCAAUAAAUUAAUAAAACCAAAAGCUUACCUUGACUUGGAAGAGUUCCAGUGUUAGAUAGCCAGCUAGCUAACAUAGCAUCCCUCUCUGUUUGAGUAGGUUAAACUAGCUAGCUGCAUUUGCUAGCUAAGUGAAAGUUUAUGCACUGCAGUGCUAGCUAGCUGUAGCUUAUGCUUUCAGUACUAGAUUGAUUCUCUGAUCUUUUGAUUGGGUGGACAUGUCAGUUCAUGCUGCAAGAGCUCUGAUAGGUUGGAGGACGUCCUCCUGAAGUUGUCAUAAUUACUGUGUAAGUCUAUGGAAGGGGGUGAGAACCAUGAGCCUCCUAGGUUUUGUAUUGAAGUCAGUGUACCCAGAUGAGGACAGAAGCUAACUGUCCUCCGGCUGCACCAUGGUGCUACCCUACAGAGUGCUGCUAAGGCUACUGUAGACCUUCAUUGCAAAACAGUGUGUUUUAAUCAAUUAUUUGGUGACGUGAUUAUAUUUAGUAUAGUUUUAUCUAGAAUGGUCCUCCCCUUCCUCCUCUGAGGAGCCUCCACUGACAUGUAUGUAUAUGUGAGUGCAUGUCAUGAUUAUGAUUGUGUAGCACGUGAAACUUACUCCUCAGCCUUAAGCCGCUUGCGUCGACUCAUUAGCUAGCUUUUGAGGUGGCGCGAUCGACUAAGACGCUUGAGGGAGGACAGUCAUGUGUGUUUGUGAAGCAGAUGUCCUGAGUUCGCGGCAGGUAUGGGCCGAAUCGGGAGGAAGUGGUACUCACUAAGGAAGCAGCGUGACAUGCUUUACAAUUGCAUGUCUACACUCUCAGAAUAAAGGUACAGAAUUGUACUUAAAGGGGUACAAACGCUUGUCACUGUAGUGGUACCCUGUAAGGUACGUCCAUUGAUUGUACCAUUAGUUAUAGGUACACAAUUGUACCCUUGCAGUUAGUACCUUAAAAUAGACAAAAGGUUAACAUUUUAAUUUUUAGGCUACCACCACAGUGACAAAGCCAUUUGUUCCUUUUAAGUGGCAAAAAUGUACCUCUUCUCUAUACCAAGUGCCUCAUGUGUACACAUCUCUCCGACAUCCCACUUCUGACACUAAUGUAGGGAGUUCAGGGGUAGCCCCAACCAAGUCUUGAACCUGGGUCCAGCAACUGCCAAGUCAACGUCAAGAGGUCCAUACUUCUUGACAAGGUCGCUCAGUGUUGGGUUAAAGAGAUUCUCUGGUGCUUUUGUAUACUUUUUAGCCAGUAGUUCUGAAAGUAGCGCUCACGAGCCAAAAUUGGUCCCCGAAAGUUGUGUACUUCGUUAUCACGUCGUUGCCUCUAGCAUGCACAAAGAGAAUUUAAAAAAACCUGAGUGUUCAUGAGCUGUGCACAUGCUUGGCCUCACCCCACAACUUCAUUGGACAAUGCUGUGCCGAUCUAAUCCCGCCUCCCAUUUUUAACCUUGCAACCUCAUUGGACAUAAUUCCACCUGGCAAUCAACAUUGUCCCUCAAGCUUGGUUGUGGCUAAUUCCCGUUGUACAGACUAGUAUGGCAAGCGAUUGUGAUAAUGUAAUUUAUACAAUGGAAAAGUUAUAACCUACUUACAGUAUAUGUUUGCAUCAAAUGA